CAAUCUAUUAGAGUUGUUUUCUUUAUGGUUUUUUUGUAUAAAUUUUUAAAGUGCACGGGUUAAUGUAAUUCAAUUAAAAUUAAGUUUUGUCAAAAAAUUAAAUGAAAAUUAACAUUUUCUUUACUUAUAUUUCAUAAGUGGACUGUUAAAAUGAUAUGUCCUAUUCGCCUGUAAGCGGAAUUAAAAAGAAAAAUUGAAUUUGAAGAUUAUAACCUAUAUGCAUUCCAGGUUUAUCAUAGGCUAAAAUUUAUAAACUUUAUAAAGCAUAACAAAGUUGAAUGAAAAAUAAAUCAGAAUGGCAACAUUUUUAAGAUCUCAGAAAUACAUCAAUUUCUUUAAUGGUUACCAUCUUAAAACAUUUCAAAGUGCAUUAAGAUUACAGUCUACCGUUGUUGAAAUAAAUGGAAAAACUGCAGAAAUUGAUAACACCAUCUUUCCGAAGACUAUUGAGACCAACAUUAAUAUUCUAACUCGUAUUAAAAACAAAUAUUUAAUUAAAUAUUAUGCAUCCUAUGAAGAUAUGUUAAGUUUAGUGGACAAAAUGUACAACGAAGACAAAAAUACAAAGAAGCAGCAGUUUCUACAUGUUAUUCAAGAUAAUGACAUUCUGAUGUUAAUUCGUUGUUGUGGAAAUAAAAUGAAACAUGAAAUGCCGGAUGAAAGAUUAAAAAUUCUCGAUUCUAUGUGUCAAGUACUGAAAUCAAAGGGUUUCAAAUUUAACGUGAAUCAUUAUAAUGCCUUAAUUGAGAUAUACAUGGAAAAUGAGAAGGAUUUUUCCCCAACAACCAUUUUAUCAGAAAUGCUUAGUAAUAACGUUCAGCCAAAUACACUUACAUAUGAGUAUUUAUUAACAUAUUACUGCAGCAAAGGAAACAUUUCUGACGCAAAUAAAAUAUUGCACUAUUUUAAAGAGAAUGAAAUUCCCAUUAAUGAGAAGACUUUUAGUUCAUUAAUUAUUGGCAAUGCUCAAGCAAAUGAUAUGAAUGGUGCUCUGAAUAUCUUGAGUACAAUGAAAAUAAUGGGCUGUAUUCCUUCAUCUAAUGCUUACAAUGCUCUUUUGUAUUCCUAUGCAAAAAAAGGUGACAUUGUAAAUAUAAUGGAAACUCUUAAAUCUUGUGAGCGGCAAAAUAUUCCUAUUGACGAUAUUAAUAAAAUUGAAAUCAUUUAUUAUUUAGCUAUAAAUGGACAUUCUGAUCAUAUUGAUAAGAUAUUGUCACUGAUCUCUUGGGAUUCAUCUAUAUUUGACAUGAGCCAUUUUAUUACAAAGCUUUUGCAUCAUAAACAAAUCGAUGUUGCUUUUCAGCUUAUACAAUCGGCUAGUAAAGCUGAUAAAAUGAAUUUUGUAUUAGUACAUGCUGUUCAAUUUAUGAGGAAUAUUAUUAAAUGUGAAUUACCUGCGGAGACAGUCAUCAAUUACCUCAAUUUAAUUGAACAAUUGAAAGUUCCUGCCUAUGAAUCUACAAUUCUCCAUUGUUUUGUAAAGAACAAGGAACAUUAUUGUAUUCCUUUUUUCAAAGCUUGGCAAAAAAUGGAUGCUUCAAUAAACGAACAUUUCUUCUGGCCACUUUUGUCGAAGCAUGGAUCUCAAAAAGAUGGAACUAUUUUCAACACAAUUAAGGCAAUGAAAGAGGAUUUUAACAUUGAACCGAGCGAAGAAACUCUAUUGCAUUUUAUAAUACCCUUCGUAAAUACUUUCUCAGCGCCAGAUAUAAUGAAAACACUAAUAGAAGAUUACAAAUUAUCUGCUGAAAAUGUUAUAAAUUCUUUGUUACAAUAUUAUCUAUCAAACAGAAAAUUACUAUCUGUUGAAAAGUGUAUUAAAUUUUCUGAGAGAUAUAAUGUUAAAUACAAUUCAAAAAAUUUGUAUCGUCUUCUGCAAUCACUGAAUAACAUUAAGAGCAAGAAAAUUUUAUUAUUCAGAGACAACAUUAAAUUGCAGAAUCAAUUGUCUAAGAGAAAUCAGAAUAAUGAGGAAAAAAGAAUGGUAGCGCACCUAGAACACGUUGAUUUAGGAUAUAAAUUGAGAAACUAUAGCCAAAAAGGAGAUAUUUUAAAUGCUGAAAUAACAAUAAAAAGUUUACAGAACUCUUAUAAUUACUUAUUAAAUUUUGAUAAAUUAUUAAGUUAUUUCGAUUUAUUAGUAAAGAAAGACAGAAUUAAAGAUGCUUUACAGAUACUCGCAGAUUUUACAAAUAAGAAAAAAAUUAUGUUUAUACCAUCGAGAGAACUUGAUCAACAGUGUGUAAAUUCUUUAAAUUUAUUAGCGGAAAAAGGCUCUGUUGAUGGUGUUUCUAAGUUGCUGGAUACUAUCAAAGAUUAUAAAAUUAAAAUAACUAGGGAGAUGACACAAUCUUUAAUUAAUGUUCAUUUAGAAAAGAACAAUUUUGAACAAGUUUUGGAAGUUGUUAAAAAUAUAGAAAAAGAACAUGGUUGGCUGACAAGUGAAAUUCAAAUAAUGGAAGCUUUUAUUAAAGUUGAGGAUGCGAAUUCCUUACAACACUUUACAAACUUCUCAAACCAACACAGUGGAUACAUAAAAACAUUAUUGAAUCUUGCUAUUGCAUUUCUUAGGAAUAAUCGUUUAUCCCAGAGUAAACAAGUUUUACAAUCAGGAGAUUUCUUUAUUAAAGGAAAUAAUUUAAGAAAGAUAAUGCACGAUCUUUUACUGAACAAUGAAUACCAUAUGAUCAAUGACUUGCUUCAAAUCACCAAAGGAGUCAACAACAUAGGUCGUAACGUUCUGUAUGAUGUGUUACUUGAAAACUACAGUGCAUCAAACAAAUGGACUGAAGGUCUUGAAUUAUGGAAUCAAAUUAUAGAGGAGAAUACUGUCCCAUCAUCGUUAUUUUUAUUAAUGAUGACAGAAUUAUUGAAAAGAAACAAUCAACGAUUACCUGAUUCUAUGAAACAGUUUCUAAUCGAUCAACAAGAAGAGCAACAAACAAAUAUUUACACAAAAAUAGUUCAAACUUUCAUUAAAGAAAAUGCAUCUCCAAAUCAAUCUUAUACAAAUAUUUUAUUGGAUAACUUAAUCAAAAUUGGAGACACAAAAUCAAUUGGUCUAAUUGAUAAAUAUUUUAAUUUUAUCCAAAGAAAUGAGGGAAAUGAAUACAACAUAUUUGAAUCGUGUGAAAAUUCAAAUCAAGUUAAAAACUAUUUAGAAUAUGUGGAUGCAGCAAUAACAGUAGAUAACAAGAAGCAAAUAAGAAAUACUUCCAAUGUUUGUAAUUACAAGUCUUUGAAGUACUUUAUCAAUCACCCGGAAAAUUUUGAAUUAUUUGAAUCUUUGGCAAUCAAAAUUUUUGCAAAUACAGAAUUGUAUAAACCGAUAUUAACUGUGGUUGCCUUCCAUUGCUAUAAGAAUCCGUCACAAGCUUUAAAUAUAUGGAAUCAAUAUGCACCGAAAUUGACGACAAAUGCCUUUUCAUACAGUUUUAUUAUGGAGUCUUUUCUUUACGCCGACUGUCUUGACAUACUACCACAAGUUGAAAAAUCAUUCGAAAAGAUAAAUCGCUUUCAUUAUCAGAAAUUUUAUGAAACUUUGCUGCAAGCUUUUGACUCUCGAGGAAAAUACAAGAAAGGAUUGGAUAUACUUUUAAACGCUGAGAUUAAAAGAAGAAGUAAAAUUAAAAGCAAUGAAGAGUCUGAUUACUUAGAACCUAGGAGUUUACGAGUGACAGCAUAAGUAAUUAGAAACGAAUAAAAUUAUUCUUUUUUUAUGAUGAAGGUAAUCUAAGUCAUAUUAAUUGUUUACUAAUAUGUAAAAAAAAAAAUUUCAACUAGUUUUGUUCUUUUAUAAUAAAAUAUUAAAAUUCAGCUA